AUGACACAGAUUUCAAAUAGUCGCAUAAUACAUCGUACUAGAUUUGUGGACUUUAAUAAUGGAAAUAUCACAGCACUAGCAUUUUCUCAUUCUUCAAAUGUUGAGAAACGAACUCCUUCUGAUCUCAGAUUGGCCGUUGGUCGUUCUAAUGGUAACGUUGAGAUUUGGAACCCUAGAAACAGCUGGUUUCAGGAAUUGAUAAUACAAGGUGGGAAAGAUCGCACAAUUGAAGGGCUUGUAUGGUCAACCAUACCAGGGGAGCCUUUGAGACUGUUCUCUAUUGGAGGGUCGACAGUUGUAACAGAGUGGGAUCUACAGAGUGGGUUACCUCUGAAGAAUUACGACUGUAACUCGGGCGUUAUAUGGUCCCUUUCAAUAAAUGCGUCGCAGACCAAACUGGCUGUGGGGUGUGAUAAUGGUUCCGUAGUUCUAAUAGACAUUUCUGGUGGUCGCGGUGUUAUGGAGCAUGAUGUAAUCUUGCAAAGACAAGAGUCCAGGGUCCUGACCCUGGCAUGGAAUGCCGAUAACUUUGUGAUUGGUGGUUGUGCAGAUGGUAGAAUAAGGGUAUGGUCUGUUAACAGCGACAUUGACCUUAAAGGUAGACUAUUGCACACGAUGAAAGUCGAUAAAUCAAAAAAGGAAUCUACUCUCGUGUGGUCUGUGAUAUACUUACCUGCAACAAAUCAGAUAGUCUCUGGCGAUUCUACAGGGUCUGUCAAGUUCUGGGAUUUUCAUUUCUUUACUUUAUCCCAGUCGUUUAAGAUUCACGAUGCCGAUGUUUUAUGUCUGUCCGCUGAUGCAAUAGGCUCAAAAGUUUUCAGUGCAGGGGUUGACCGAAAGAUACACCAGUUGUCUUUGUCCGCCAACUCUGGCAGCAAGGCCAGAAAGUGGGUCACUAGCUCUAACCGGCUAUUGCACGCUAACGAUGUCAGAACUCUAGCCUCCUAUCAAUCCAAAGGGGCGGACUUCCUGGCUUCUGGAGGUGUUGAAAGAACUCUAGUGAUUAGUUCUUUGACUUCAUUUGCCGAUGGAAGCUACAGAAAAUUUCCUUGUGUCGUUCCUUUUCAUAAAAACGUUCUCAUCAAUUCAGAGCAACGUCUGUGCGUAAUGUGGCAGCAAUCGACCGUAAAGAUUUGGAAAAUUGGAGGUGAUUUGGAAAAUGACAGAAACUAUCGGUUGGUAUGUAAGUUGUCUUUGAAAGAUGAGCAAAACAUUUGUAAUUGUGCGAUGUCUCCAGACGGCCAGGUCCUACUUGUUGGUAGGCCUAGCACUACAAAGAUAUUUCACUUACAACCAAUCGGAGCGAAGUUAAAAGUUGUUAAGCUGGAUAAUGACCUUUUGAUAAACACAGGGUGCAAACUCGCUCAGUUCGUCGAUAACUCAAGAAUCGUCAUGAUAACCCCUUCAGAUGAUAUAUUCACUGUGAACUUAGAGGAUGAAGAGAAUGAUGAAGAAGCUCAUGAAAUAAAAAUUCCCGAGGUUCAAGAAAGCAACACUAGUAUGAGACUAUCCUACCUCAACACGAUUAAUCAUCUUGUAACCAAGGGCCCAUUUGCCAUCACAACGCGUAUCUCCGGUGCUGUUGAUCUGAUAGAUCUGGAAAACGGUUCAGUGCUACCAAUAGCUCGAUUAAUGAACUUUAUAACGGCGGUGAAUUUCAGCAGCAGAGAUACUGUAAUACUGGUCACCGCAGAUAACAAGAUAUUUGAAUUUGAAGUGAGCAGUCAAGGUGAGAAAUCCAACUCUACAAUUAGCCCAUGGUGUCGGAAGAAUCGGGACUGUCUACCUAAAGAGUUCGAAACACAAAAAAACAAAUGUUUAGGCAUAUUUUCUGAUGGAGUGCAAAAGGACAAAAUCUGGUUUUGGGGGAGUAAUUGGCUAGCUAACAUGGAUAUGUCCCAAGAUCUUCCAACAAGUGCUAGAAAGAAGCCUAGAAAACAUAACCGUGAUGGAAACACAAUAAACGAUCGCAGUAGCUUUAUUGACGACGGGGAAGAAGACGAUGAAGAUGAAGAAGAACUCGAAAUAACUGAUGAUGUACUGAUGAAGGAGCGCUACCACAAGACUAGUGAAGAGUCAAGAAUAAAGAAAGAAGAGAAGCCAUUUUUCUUCACAGAAAAGUACAGACCAAUUUUAUUUGCUGACGUUAUAUCUAAAGAUGAAAUAAUAGUUGUCGAGAGACCGAAUAUCGUCGCUUCUGCCGAUUUAACCGCCUACAGUUUGCCCAAAAUCAGAUUUUGA